UCUCAAUUUGCAGUUCAUAUGAAAGAAGAAAAGCUAAGGACAUCACACUCAGUGGGAAAAAGAAACUGGGAAAAAGAACAUCACAGUCAAUGAUCACUCAAUCACUUAAGGUUUUCUAUGUGUUACUCUUGGUUAUUGGAUAUAAUCCAUGUUUGAUGAUCGGAGUUGCGUUGAAGACUAGAUGAAACUUUAAGGAAUGGAUUUUAUGGAUAUGGUUUCUUCAUCACAUCCUCUGCCAUACCAGGGAUCAUCCCAUGUUCAAGCAACCAAUGUAGGGAAUCGAAGUACAAAUAUAUUCCAAGGAGAGAGGAGACGAUCAACGAGUUCUUCACAAGCUACAUUACAACAACCUCACAUACUGAAUGAAAAUCAGGAACACACCCGCGUUCGUGCUCUAGAUGUACAAAGACAGCGGAGAACUAAUUAUCAAAGAGAGAGGCGACAAGCAUUGAGCUCUUCACAACGGGUGGAACUUUUAGCUCAAAGACGUGCUAAUUACCACAUGCGGAGGCAGUCGCGAAAUAUAUGUGCGGAGGACACAACCAGGACAAACCAAAUGGAAACAAUUGCCGGUCAAGAACAGGGAAAUCAGUCUAACCAUCAAAGCACAACACUUUCAAGAAGAGAGAUUCAGAGACAGCGGCGUCGAAUAAGUCAACGAGCAAGUCAAAGAAUUAGUAGAGCCUCAAUGAAUCGAACACAACGAGAUGAAUAUCUAGCAAGACGACGAGCUCAUUAUCAUGGUCAACAAGUCCAACAACAUGAUACAAAUAUUAUGGGGCAAACUUCAAAUAAUGAGGAUAACACCCGAGAGCCAAUUAGAAUGCGCUUAAGGCAUAUACGCCAACUGGCACGGUCAGAUAUGUCGCAAAUACCAAAUCAUGUGAUUUUUGAAAACUCUACGAACAAUAGCAAUGCCAUUGUUGUGAAUGAAGGAACCUCUGAUAACCAAAUCCCUCAAGACCAUGGUUUUCCCCGUGUACGUCUUGGAGCUAGACGUCGGGGACCUCAUAAUUGUGCCCGAAAUUUUCAUGAGAGCAUUGGAGUUACAAAACUGCACUUGCCAGAACCAACGACAUGUCCACAUUGUUAUGCUCGCCUAUUCCAUCACGAAAGUAAAGACAUGUGUUGCAAAAAUGGUCGUACUAUCCUUCCUCCGAUACAAUCUCCUCUAGAAAUGAUCGAGCUAUUCUCUGCUAAUACUCCACAAGGGUCACAUUUUAGGCAAAAUGUGAGGGCCUAUAACCAUGUAUUUGCAUUCACGUCCAUGGGUGUACACGUCGAUCAAAAUCUAGCGACAGGUGGUGGGACUUUCACAUUUCGUGCUCAAGGAUAUGUUUAUCAUAAGAUAGGAAGUCUUAUACCUGAUGGGGAUAAUCGACCGAGAUUUCUACAAUUGUACAUAUACGACACAGACCACGAAGUGGACAAUCGUAUGCUAGAAAAUGAAGCAUUGCAUAGAGAUGUGGUUGAGAGGAUACAACAAAUGUUGCACGCCCAUAAUCCAUUUGUGCAAACAUUUCAUCACUUGGCUGAACGUCAAGAUUUGCAAAAUUGCAGACUUAUUAUCAGAGAGCAAGCUGCAAAUCAACGCCAGUAUACAUUGCCUUCGGCUUCCCAAGUUGCUGCAAUAAUUGUGGGAGAGGAUGAAAAUGAAACUCUUAGGGGUCGCAAUAUCAUGGUGAAAACAAGACAAGGUCAACUACUAAAUAUCUCAGAUUGUGCUGGUUACUAUGAUCCCUUACAAUAUCCAUUACUACUUCCAUAUGGUACAUACGGAUGGGACGUGAAUAGUCGAAAUAAUAAUGGCCGGAAACUGACAUGUCGUGACUUUUACGCCUACAUUUUACAGAUACGUCAACAUGAUGAAUCAGUUUUACUGCGAGGUGGUCGUCUGUUACAACAAUACGUUGUUGACAAUUAUAUCAAGAUUGAAACUCAUAAAUUAAGAUGGAUCCGUUCCAAUCAGACUAAAUUACGACGAGAGUUGUAUAAUGGACUACAAGACUCGCUGAACGCUGGAGAAAAUAAUGCAGGUAACAUUGGUCGUACGACCGUCUUGCCAUCAUCGUUUAUUGGAAGCCCACGUGAUAUGAACCAGAGAUAUCAAGAUGCAAUGGCUUUGGUUCAAAAAUAUGGUAAACCAGACAUAUUUCUCACAAUGACAUGCAAUCCAAAUUGGGAAGAAAUAAGAGCUGAGUUAUUACCGGGUCAAAUAUCACAAGAUCGUCCAGAUUUGACCACACGAGUAUUUCGUGCCAAAUUUGAAGAGUUAAAGAAUGAUGUAAUCAAGAGAGCAGUCUUGGGUACGGUGGUUGCAUAUGUAUAUGUCAUCGAAUUCCAGAAACGUGGUCUCCCACAUGUUCAUAUGCUUCUUAUGCUAAGUGAAGAUGAUAAGUUGAACAACCCUGAUGAUUAUGACCGUGUUGUCCGUGCUGAAGUACCAAAUCAAGACGAUGAGCCAGAGUUGUAUACUGCAGUGUUGGGACACAUGAUACAUGGUCCAUGUGGACCACUAAAUCGCAGGUCCCCCUGUAUGAAGCGUGGGACUUGCAAACGGGGUUAUCCGAAGCCUUUUUCAGACUGCACCGUUCAAGGCAAUGAUUCUUACCCUGUGUAUCGUAGGCGAGACAAUCAACUUCACAUGCGGUAUGAUCUUAAUGAGAAUCCAACAGUGGAUAACAGGUGGGUUAUUCCAUACAACCCUUGGCUACUAAAAAAAUAUGAUUGCCAUAUCAAUGUUGAAGUUUGUUGUAGUAUUAAGAGUGUCAAGUAUUUGUACAAAUAUGUCUAUAAGGGACCAGACAGAGUGACAUUCCAAGUCCGACCAGAGGACAGUCAAGAUGAAAUAAGAAAUUUUGUUGAUGCAAGAUGGGUUUGUGCACCAGAAGCUUUAUGGAGGAUAUUCAAGUUUUUGAUGAAUCGAAUAUAUCCAUCGGUGCAAAGACUGCAAAUUCAUCUUCCAGAUGGACAUAGUGUUGUCUUUGAUCCCAAUGAGACAAUAACAGACAUUCUGGAAAAUGCCAGAAACUCAAUGACAAUGCUUACCGAAUUCUUUACAAAAAAUCUAUACUAUGAAGCAGCGCGUCAGUACUUAUACCGAGAGUUUCCAGAACGGUUCACGUGGGAUGGAGGAAACAAGGCAUGGGAAGCAAGGGGGACAAACCAAAAAGUAAUUGGAAGAAUAUAUACAGUGUCGCCUACAGAGGGAGAGAAGUUCUACUUGCGUGUGCUUCUUAAUCAUGUUAGAGGAUCAAUAUCAUUUGAGGAUUUGAGGACAGUCGAUGGCAUCUUGCAACCAACGUUUAAGAAGGCAGCUGAACGACGGGGUUUGUUGGAAGAUGAUGAUAGUAUUAGACAAUGUCUACGUGAGGCCUCUAACAUACGUAUGCCUUCAUCUUUAAGAAGGUUGUUUGUCACCAUCUUAGUAUUUUGCGACCCGCAUGGGAUACGAAGUUUGUGGCAUGAAUUUUAUCCCUUCAUGAUAGAAGACUAUCCUUCUUCAAGCACCACAUGGAAUGCACCCAUGACAAAUAAACUCUUAAAAGACUUGAACAGAUUGUUGGUGCAGUAUAGUAAGUCUGUUUCUAACUAUGAUUUGCCAGAAGUGACGGAAGAUGGGGAGGAAGAGUUAGCACUGCCAGGGAUGAUAGAAGAUGAGAUGUCAGUUAUUAUACCACAAGAAGAUCAUGAUGCGGUUCAUCAAUUAAAUGAGGAUCAAGCUCUUGCAUUUAACUCGAUAAAAACUGUUAUCGAGGGUUGUGAAAAUGCAAUAUUUUUUGUCGAUGGUCCAGGAGGAACUGGAAAAACAUACUUAUAUCGUGCAUUGUUAGCAAACUUGAGAAGUAAUCAUCAUAUUGUGUUGGCAACUGCAACUUCAGGAAUUGCGGCAACGAUACUACCUGGUGGGAGGACGGCACACUCUCGGUUUAAUAUCCCUCUAAAACUUUAUGCUGAUUCUAGAUGCAACAUUAGUAAACAGUCUGAUUUAGCAAAGUUGAUAAGAAGAUCAUCGGCAGUUAUUUUGGAUGAAGCACCAAUGUUGAACCGGUUUGCAUUUGAAGCUCUAGACAAGACUUUUAAGGACAUUACAGACUCAGAUUUGUCAUUUGGAGGAAAGGUUAUGAUUUUUGGUGGAGAUUUUCGACAAGUUCUUCCUGUAGUCCCUAAGGGUACUAGGUGUCAGCUGGUGGAAGCAAGUUUAGUUAAAGCUUCAUUUUGGAAGGAUGUUAAGAUUCUUCGUCUGAGACAUAAUAUGAGAUCCAUCAAUGAUCCUGAGUUCUCAGAUUUUUUACUUCAAGUGGGCAAUGGAGAAACACAAACUAUGCUUGAAGACAUGAUACAAUUGCCUGCACCAAUGGUCAUACCAUGGGAGGGUGAAGAGUCAAUCAACCAAUUGAUUAAUGAAGUAUUUCCUGAUUUGGAUAGCCAUGUAAAUGACCCUUCUUAUAUGGUUGAAAGGGCAAUAAUAACUCCAAAGAAUGAUGAUGUGGAUGUACUCAACGAAAUGAUCAUACAACGGGUUUCAGGACCACAACGCACCUUAUACUCUUUUGACUCGGUGGAGGAUGACACAAGAAAUCUGUACCAACAGGAAUUCUUAAAUUCAAUUUCACCUUCUGGUAUGCCACCGCAUCAAUUGACUAUUAAAAAAGGUGCUCCACUUAUGCUUUUAAGAAAUAUUGACCCAAACAUGGGGUUGUGCAAUGGUACGAGAUUAACUUGCCGUGGAUUAUAUAAUAACCUCAUCGAUGUAGAAAUUAUCGCUGGUCAAUUUGCGGGUACAAGAGUUUUCUUACCGAGAAUUGCUCUAAAGAGUAGAGAAGAUUCUGGACUCCCUUUUGUGUUGAUAAGGAAACAAUUUCCUGUAAAGUUGAGUUUCGCCCUCACCAUUAACAAAUCACAAGGCCAAACAAUACCGAAUGUGGGUAUUUAUCUUCCAGACCAUGUAUUCAGUCAUGGACAGUUAUACGUGGCUUUAUCAAGAGGAGUAUCUAAGGCUACAACCAAAAUUUUGGUUAGAAAAGGCUCAUUAGAAGGCGAGGAAGGGGUUUUCACUGCAAAUGUGGUGUAUAAAGAGAUAUUGCUUCCUUCUGGAUAA